CUUGCUUAGGUUCAGUUUCCUUCCUAUGAUCAAUUCUGCGAAUUUCACCGUUGUCCACACACUGCGGCAAAACCAACAACUGCACCUCUUUCUUCAACACGCACAACAGACGGCCCCGUGUGUCGAAAUUUCACGAUUUCCAUUUCCAUCCAAACCAUCGCCUACCUCGAAAAACCAUCCGCCAUCGAGAAACUUGUUUCUCAAUCGCGUCAAAGCAUUGCCCAGCCAAUACGAGUCUCGAUUACGGAUCAUCAAAUACCUACGCUACCUUUGUGACACGCCUCGUCAUCAAGAGCUUACUCGACUCCGUUGCACUUCACCCACCUCCCAGCUCCGCCGCUCCGUGAAAGUGAGGCAUCCCGAUUAUCUGCCUGCCGCGUUUCAGCAUUCCAUACCUCGAUUCGAUGUGCACUUUUGCCCAGAACAUCCGCCCCAGAACUCUUAACAGCGGUUAAAUCGUGUUGUCGGAUUCCGCCAGUCCACGUGUCGCCUCACAUCCCUUCACCGUUUCAUUUUGCGCCCCAGAAGCGCCGUUGUUUGUCGGGCGUUCUUUGUCGAGUGCGGGGUUGCCCAUUCUCAGCCAUAACUCCAGAACCCGUGGUCUCUAUAUGCCCUACGGCUUCGCUUCCAAGAAGAAGUCACAGCCUUUCAGUCCAAGACAUCCACCGAAACCCAUCGCCAAGCUUGGGGUUUUGACCAGUGCACCAAUUUUCUACGUCUUCGCUUCUUUCAUGACGCUUGCUGGACGUACAAUUUCUUGACAACGGCAAUACGUCGCACCUUCUUAGAAACUUCGUGGAAGUUUUGCGUCAUUUUCCAAAUUUUCGUUCUUGAUCCAACUCACUCGUCUGUGGCGCGUGUUUUGAUUGACCCGCCAACCGCCAAUCAUCAUGGAGCAAGUUAGCUUCGACGUUCGUGCCGAGGCGGGGAAGGCGGUAUUUGACGAUGACUUGAUGCUAGAUGCCGGCAUGCCAGCCGACGAGCUUGUCUUAGAACUCGACGACCUACAUGACAAGGAAGAUGAGUACCAGGCGAUCGAUCUUGAUGCCCAACCCGCCACAGCGGAUGUUGAAUUUGCUGUCGAUGACCUCGAGGCUCAGCAUAAUACCAACGAUGAGCAAGCAGAGGCGGCAGGCGGCGUCGAGCAAGAUGCUCAGGAUGUCUCCAUGGCAUACAAUGACGAGAUAGGUUAUGAAGAGGAGGAGGGCGUUGCAGAAGAGGCUGUUACUGAACACGAGCCCGAAGAUACCACUAUAUCAAAAGCGCCGUCUGCAAAUGACGAGAAUCCAGAUCUACGUGAAUUGGAACAGGAAGCCCAGGACGUCCAGAUUGAUCUUGCUGAGUCCAAAUUGGGCGACGAUGCGGAAGAGCAGCCGAUCGGGCGUGAGGCCGAGACAAAGAACCCUGUUGAUCAGGAGGCUACUGAACAAGUUGCCGAGACCGAUGUCGGUCUGGACGUCGGUGGUGUUGCAGCUACCAACCCUCUGGAUACAGCUGUCUCGGGAGCUGAACAAGCGGGCGAGGCCGUGAGCGAGGAUCGCCAGCUCGAGGAAAGCCAGAUUGACCAUGACGAGGCCAUUGUUGAUGAUGCUGCAUUCAGCAUCACAGAUAUUACAGUCCAGUAUGAUGGUGGCAGUUAUGCCCUCUUUGGGAACUCGGACAUGGAUCCUGAGACCUACUUUCUUACCGAUACUGAGAUCGCAACCGCACCGUUGUCGGAAUUACUUGCAUCUAUCCGUUCUGUCAUUGCCUCGGAGUUAACACCCGGAGAAGAACUGGUCAUCGUUAUUGACUCACUUGAUUUGAACUUUGGCGAAAGGUCCAGUAAAGACUUUUUGCAGCGCAGCUUUCAUCAGAUCAUUUACUGCUACAAUGUCCUUCUAGCUAAAGGAAUCGUCACAGAGACAUCCCUAACGCUCAAUCUUUUGGUCCGUCCGGACCCCGAGGGCCGGUUCCUGGACUUGCUCGAGGAGGCAGGCAUCUGGAGCGGAGCAGACUACUCUCCCGAUUACUCAGAUGCCUCCGGGGAGGAUGAAUAUCUGGAUGACGAUCAGGACAUUGAAGAUUAUGAUGACAAUGACAACGAAGGCCUCGAAAAUGAUGGUGAUCAUGAGGAUGGCCAGGAUGCUGAAUUUGAUGACCAAGAGCAUCGAGACGAGGAAGGCCAGCAAGAUCAAGACCAAGAAGAGAAGGAAGAUAACGAAGAGCCAGAGGUCAUUGAGCUCACCGAGAAUAUCGAAGUUGCAGAGGAUAUCGAGGGUACUGAAGACGUCGAAGUCAGCGUGAAUGUAGCCGAGGUUAGGGAUGUUACCGUCUCGGCUGGAGACAUCCAGAAGGAAGCAUCAGAGGAACACACGGAACGUCAGGUCACCGAGGAUGUCCUUGCGAAUGAGUGUCAUACUGAGCAAUUCUCGCUAGCAGACAACAUCGAUCAAGCUGCCCAAGCAGAGCCAUCUGCAGAGAUUAACGGGUCAAGUCACUUUGAUGCCAGUGGAACCUCUCAUGGCCCGGCAGGCAUCGUUGAUGUCAAGCAUGAGAUGGACGGUGAUCGGGGAGAAUUUCAGCCCAGCCUUGAGGGGACGAGCAGUGAUCUGGAGCUUGCUCCUGAAACGAAGUCUGCUACGGACGAACCUCAGCCGGAAAACGGUGAUCAUACCGAAAUUAUCAACGAGGAGAAAGAGGAGGAGGUUUAUGAUGAGGAUGAGUACAUCGAGCAUCAUGAAGAGGCCGAGGCCGAGGAGCAAGACGAUCAUGAAAUUGAUCGUACAGUGGGUGCGGAGGAGCUUGGUGAUGACUUGACACUCAGACAGACGUUGGAUGACGGCAACUUCUCGCUCGAUAUCACGGAGGGGUCUACUGAAGGUAACGCAGUGCUCGGCCGUGACGACAAUCGAACUGGAAACAACGAAAAUAGUACUUCGCGCAAUCCCGACUCCACCGCCAUGCAGGAGCAGUACACUGACGACGGCCCUAACGCGGACGAAUAUACUGAGGUAGAAAACGCGAUCGACAUCGAGUACACCCAUGAGACAUCGCAUCUCACAGUCAACACCGCCGACCCCAAGGACCAGACCGAAGAAGGUGCUCAGGAGUUUACAACCGAAGAAUCGGCCAACCGCACGAGCACAACCAAUACCAUGAGCGGCGACGAGAUUGACUACGAAGAGAACGAGGAACAGGAUGUAUCGUUCGAAACAGAAGGUCAAAUCCAUGAGUUCAGCAACGCUCAAGAUGACGACGAAAUCGGAUGGGGAGAUGAUGGAGAGGAGGACAACAAUGAUUUUACACAGCAGACUACAACUUCUCAAGAACAACCGCCCCUCACAGCAAAGAGAGGUCGGACUGAUGACCUGGAUGAGGAAGCCGAAGAGGCCGAUGUCAAGCGUCGUCGGACCUAAUCGGCCAAACUCUGGCCUCGAAUAUAGCAUCACCCCAACAUCUCCCUGCCCCUACGUUCAGUCUUCCCAGCCCCAUUUUCCCCUUCUCCUCCCCUUCCUCUCUAACCGCUGUGGAUCAGUCUUGUAUUUUGUGAGUUGCUCUUGAUGUUCUUGGUUGUUCCUGUUCGAAGAACCGACCAUGAAUGUGCGCUGAGAGAAGCUUUAAGCUUCAAGAAUGGUAAGGUAAGUUGCAACGGAUCGGCCGUACUCGAUGGGGCAAGUCGUGUCCCCAUACUUCAUUACUCUUCACCCGAUCGGCAAUACUUAACACCAGGAUUCGCGACAACGACCUCGAGAGCGCAGCCCACCUUCAGCCUGCAUACAGCGGGCAUUAACAGUCGAAAAUUAUGGGACGGCCUGGGGGACAUGUCGCCCGAAGAAGCGCACUUUUGCUGAACAAACCAAAGUACAUGGGGUAUCUCAGGGAUUGCUGGUUAUCUUUGCAAUCUUAAACUGCAUACUUGGGGCUUUUCUCUCCGAGGUCCUUUAGCAUAUUUUAUGGUGUAUACUUCCGUCUGUACUAUAGUCUUUGUUGGCGUUUGGUAGAACGGUGGUGGGACACGGCUAGACUAUCUUUAGGAGCCCUCGAGGCUUCAGAGGUGCAUUUGAAUUUGGUGGAUAUAUCCGGGUAACAUGUGGUCAUAGCAGUCCAGACUAUGCAACAUGUGGUUGGAGCGGGGUUUUUAACGAGGUAUGUAGAGCUUUUCUGUUUGAGGUGGCGCAUUCGGUUUGGGAUGGGUGGAUACGGGUUCUGCAAAACCAAAAUAGGCGUUGAGAAAAGAUAGCGAAGGCGAACCACGUAAGGAAAAUCGGAUACUUGCUUGUAGUUGGGGGUCAGUUAUCAGUUUAGAUGGGGAUGUGGAUGAACAUUGAGUCUUCUAAUAUCCCAAUGGCAGAGAGUGAUCAAAGCCAAAAUGCUAGAUGAACCUGGACACAAGGCCGUGACUGUCGAUCUGGCCACGUUGUGGUGG